ACUAUAAUACCCUCCUACAGUCGUACUCAGACAUGUCUCUCCGUCUCUUGAAGCCAUUGGACGGAAAAUCAGAAACGGCUUGUCGCAUACCGUAAUUUUGACAAACAAGAAAAAUCCAAAACUCCGAUUAACGGCGCCACCACAUUUACCGUUUUGCCAGUAUCAGUGUGAGACACCACUCUAGGGUUCGUUAAAUCGUAUCCAAUUUAAAAGAUCUCCUUCGAAUUUUGCACUAUUUUCAUUUUCGCACCAGAAAUUUUCGAUCCAUUUCGACAUCGUUGUUGUGCUCUUUCACCCUAAGGAAGGUGCACAGAUUGGAAUUCUUCUGGCCUCUGUGCCUUCUUCACAGUUGCCUCACGAGCUUGUUUCGUUAGUUUCAUAAGAUGCCUUGGGGAAAAGCAAUUUCUUCAUCAGCUGCUAAGUCAUCCAAGCCUGAGGAGCCAGUUGAAUCUGAUGAGAAGGUUGAUUUUGAGGAGGCAAAUGAUCCAGAGGAAGCAAUGGAAGAGGAAAUUGAAUAUGAAGAAGUAGAAGAAGAAGAGGAAGUGGAAGAGAUAGAAGAGGAAGUGGAAGAGGUGGAAGAAGAGGAGGAGGUAGAGGUGGAAGAAGAGGAGGAGGAGGAGGAGGAGGAGGAGGAGGAAGAAGUGGAGGUUGAAGAGGUGGAAGAAGAUGAUGCCAUGCAAAAUCAUAGCAGUGAUGAAGCAAAGGUGGAAGAUGAGGAUGAGAAGAGAAAACAUGCUGAACUCCUUUCUCUUCCUCCUCAUGGGUCUGAAGUAUACAUUGGUGGCAUUCCUCAUGCCUCAGAUGAGGAUUUGAAAUCUUUAUGUGAGCGUAUUGGUGAAGUUGCAGAGGUUCGAAUAAUGAAGGGAAAGGAUUCUUCUGAGAACAAGGGCUUUGGUUUUGUGACUUUUACAAGUGUGGAAUUGGCUUCUAAAGCCAUUGAGGAGCUAAAUAAUACAGAAUUCAUGGGUAAAAAAAUAAAAUGUUCGAAAUCUCAAGCCAAGCACCGUCUUUUUAUUGGCAAUGUUCCUAGAAGCUGGGGUGUUGAAGAUCUGAAGAAGAUUGUAACUGAGAUUGGACCUGGAGUUACUGGUGUGGAACUAGUCAAGGAUAUGAAGAACACCAACAAUAACCGUGGCUUUGCUUUUAUUGACUAUUAUAAUCAUGCAUGUGCUGAGUAUUCAAGGCAAAAGAUGAUGAGCCCAACAUUUAAGCUAGGUGAGAAUGCUCCAACAGUGAGCUGGGCUGAUCCUAAAAAUGCCGAGUCCUCUGCUGCAUCUCAGGUGAAGGCGGUUUAUGUGAAGAACCUGCCAAAGAAUGUAACUCAAGAGCAGUUGAAGAAGCUUUUUGAACGCCAUGGAAAGAUCACAAAGGUGGUUCUUCCACCAGCAAAGUCUGGUCAGGAAAAGAACAGAAUUGGCUUUGUACAUUUUGCAGAGAGGUCAAAUGCUAUGAAAGCACUUAAAAACACUGAAAGAUAUGAAUUAGAAGGUCAACUUUUAGAAUGCUCUCUGGCAAAGCCACAGGCUGAUCAAAAGUCUGGAGGAUCAAACACACAGAAGCCAGGACCAGGAUUGCUUCCUAGCUAUCCACCACAUGUUGGCUAUGGUUUGGUUGGGGGUGCCUAUGGUGCACUUGGUGCAGGAUAUGCUGCUCCAGGUCUUGCACAGCCCUUGUUAUAUGGAGGAGGUCAAACUCCCGCUGGAAUGGCCAUGAUGCCUAUGCUUUUGGCUGAUGGACGGAUUGGAUAUGUCUUGCAACAACCAGGAAUGCAGCCACAAGCCCCACCCUCACAUCAUAGAGGUGGCAGGGGCGGUGGUGGCAGUGGGAGUGGCAACAGGAAUGCCGGAAGUUCAAGUAAGGGAAGGCACAACAAUGAUGGCGGCCAUGGGCGCAGAUACCGGCCAUAUUAGCUGGUCUUGGUAUAGAUAGUAGCACCCCCCCUUCUCUCAAAUGUAUUUAGGGCUUUUCAAGCUCAUUUAAUUCAUCAAAAUGUGCUACAUAUUUUUUUCAUCAAAAAACUGUUGUACAAUCAGUCUUGAUUACAUACAUGAUGUCAGGGCGUUUGUAAGUUGAAUUCUUCCUAUGUUGAUAAUUAAUCAGUUUUAUACUUGAGGACCCUUUUUCCAAUGGGAAAAAAUA